AUGGCACUGUCCUAGGAAGAAAAGUAGGUGGGUAAACCCCAGGGGGUGCAGACCCCAGGGCUUACAGGAUCGGGGGAGGGCAGGGCCAGUCUCCAGGGCACACUCUUCCAAAGAGGCUGAUGUCACUCCAUCAGUAACAAAUGGUUGCCGUGUUUCCCUUCCCAGCCGGGGCUGGCUUCCUGAGGAGGGAAGUGUGCGGCGGCUGCUGUGUGCAGACCCCUCAUGCCCCAUCUGCAAUGCUGUGGCUCUGGAGAUCCAGCAGUUGCUGGUGGGUGAGAACCCUGAUCUGCCCCCCACGUCACCGGGGCCAUCGCAGGGCUCCUCUUGCCCAGAGAUUUUGUCCACGUCUCAUCUCUCUUUUGAGCAGAGUCAGGGUUUGCCACAUUGGGACCUGGGGCAGGGAUCUCAAGUGCCAGAUGUAUCAUGGGACAUGGGAGCUCCGUCUUCUUCAAGCCUUGAGAAGCCUGGGACUCCUGUGAAGCAGCAGGGCAAGAGGAAGAGCAACUCCGAAUGUGUGCUGGAGAAACCAGAAGCUGCAGAAGCUGGCUUGGGAAAUAAGAUGAAGUACUUUCCAUACUGGAUUAACCCCAAGAUGAAAAGUCAAGGCCCUAAGGAACCCGUUCUCCUCUCUAAGGAUGAGAUGGUGGCCAAAACCACAACAAAAAGUGUUGUGAAGAGUGCACUUUCCACCAAAGACCCAGUGAGGGGAGCUAAGCUGGAGAAGACAGCAGAGGAGGAGGGCAUGACCUUCUUCGAUGCCCCCACUUCUGUCAAUCUAUCCACUCCUGGUUCCUGUGCCUUUCACAACAGCUCCAAACAUGUCCUCACCUGACUUGUGCCACUCAACCAGAAAAUCCAUCCCAGGUCUCAACUUUCACCUCAGCAGAAGGCACUGGUCUAUACAAGGAGAAUACCCAUUCCAGGGAAAAGCAGUUCAGAGCUUCCCAAACCUCUGCAACCCCCUGAAAAAGACUGUCAUCAUUAUUUCCAUUAACGUGCAGGUGAUGCAGGACCCUGUCCAAAUAUACUUUAUACCCCUGAGCAAAGAACCACCUAUUUGUGCCUCCUUAUUUUCAAUGUGAUACGUGAUGGAGAGGGUGGAGGAGGGAGGCAGUACUUCUCAUGUAGUAUAGGAGGUUAACCCCACGUUUCAGAUGGGCCAGAUUCCACACAACUCUUUCAGCCCCACCCUGGACUGUGGAUCAAGGGGCUUGAGAAGGAAGACCCUUGUCUAAGGCGCAUUGAGGGUAAAGGUCAGGCUUGAAAUCUUUCAUGGCUUCUCAUGAAAAGGAAGCUACAGAGGAGCAAUGUGGGCAUGAUGAUAGUACAGAGGGAGUGGCCAGGAACCCAGUGCAUUCCUGGCCCACAGGCACAAUUCAUCAAUAACUUCUCUAUGUGCCCACAGUCUGGAGGGAAGGUUUUAGAGGAGUGUCACGGGGCUCCAUCCUUGAGAUGCUUUGUGUUUAUCUAAAGCACACGGAGCAUAUGACAGACGUCAGAAGCAAAGGAGAGCAUCUCCCCUCUCUGUGCCCUGUUGUUACUGAUUAGCUCUUUAAGGAAUAACCCAUCUGGGAGCCUGCUAGAGCCCUGCCACCUAUUCGACCCCCAUUGCCUUUCAGCUGUAUAGAAUAAAUGCCUCCUACAGUGAAGCUCAGUUGAUGAGAAGGUCUCCAAAAGGGUCACAAUAAAAAUGACUUUGAGCUGAGUCUUGCAUUCAACAAUUCGAAUACUCAAGUACUUGCUGUCUUCCCAAAACUAUGCAGACCCUAGGGACAGCAUGGUGAACAAUACAGGCUUCCCUCCCAUGGAGCUUGUGGAACCACGGAGCCAACAGUCAAAUAAAAAAAACACUGAAAGCAAUGUGAAAGAGCUGGUUAGAGAAAGUAGAUGAAAUACAAAGGAAGGCACGUCACCUAAUUUGGGGCGGUGUUCAUGGCAAUUUUCCUGGAAGAGUUGAUAUGUAGACUGAGUUUGAAAUGUUUGAGGGAGCAGAAUGGGGCUGCCACGCUGGAGAAUGGAUGGCAUUCACUCAUCCAUUUUUUCAUUCUUCAGCUAAUAUUGAACACCUACUACAUGCCAGGCACUGAUGUAGACACUGGGAAGACAGCAGUGAACAAAAGCGGAAAAAAUCUGUCCCCAAGGAGCUUAGGUUGAUGGUGCACUAGGAAGGGAGAUAAAAAAGCAUAGUAAAAAUACAGUCUGUAGAAGGUGACAAAUUUUUGCAAGAAACCAGGGUAAGAGGUUUGGGGAAGACUUAGGUGGGGUGCAGUUUUAAACAGGGAGUUCAGGUCAGGUCUGACUAAGAAAUUAAUGCAUGAGCAUGGACUAGAGGGAGGUGAGAAUGGGUAAACCACACGGAUGACUGAGGAAGAGUGUGCCAGUCAGAAAUUAUAGCUAAUGCAGAUGUCUGGAGGCUGGAGCAUGCCUCGCCUAUUCCAGGGAACAAGGACAGUGAGCUUAAUGCCAAGUAAUCCGGGGAGAAUGUCACAGAGGAUGAGGUCAGAGCAGUAAAGGGGCCAGAUGGGGUGAGGCCCAGAAGGUCAUUGCAAGAUGUUGACUCUUCCUUUGAGUAAACUAGGAGCUGUUUGAGGGUCUGCUUAGAUCUGAAUUCUGUUUCAAAAGGAUCACUUAGGAAGUGGCCUGGUUGCAUAGUGGUUAAGUUCACAUGCUCUGCUUCAGUGGCCUGGGGUUGGG